AUGCCGAUGCCGUCGCCACUCCCCUGCUUGCUCCUCCUCCUCCUCCUCCUGCCCCUCCUCUCCACCGCAGCACCGACCACCACCAAGAUCCCGCUCUACCGCCACCUCCCGGCCGCCGCCACGGCCGCGCACCACCACCCGCUCUCCCGCCUCGCGCAGGCCUCCCUCGCGCGCGCCACCCACCUCCGAUCCGGCCACCACCACCCGCAACCCUCGGGCUCCCCCGUGCGCACCGCGCUCUACCCGCACUCCUACGGCGGCUACGCCUUCUCCCUCUCCCUCGGCACGCCGCCGCAGCCGCUCCCAGUCCUGCUCGACACCGGCAGCCACCUCACCUGGCUCCCCUGCACCUCCUCCUACAAGUGCCUCAACUGCUCCUCCGCCGCCUCCCCCGUCUUCCACCCCAAGAACUCCUCCACCGCCCGCCUCGUCACCUGCCGCAGCCCCGCCUGCCUCUGGAUCCACUCCAAGCCCCACCUCUCCACCUGCUCCGCCUCCCCCGCCCCGCCCUGCAGGCCCGGCGCCGCCACCUGCAACGCCACCGCCAGCACCGUCUGCCCGCCCUACCUCGUCGUCUACGGCUCCGGCUCCACCUCGGGCCUCCUCCUCUCCGACACCCUGCGCUCCGCGACCACCGGCCGCGCCGCCAAGCGGGGCUUCGCCGUCGGCUGCAGCCUCGCGUCCGUGCACCAGCCGCCCACCGGCCUCGCCGGCUUCGGCCGCGGCGCGCCCUCCGUGCCCGCGCAGCUCGGGCUCACCACCUUCUCCUACUGCCUCCUCUCCCGCCGCUUCGACGACGACGACGCCGUCAGCGGCGAGCUCGUCCUCGGCGCCUCCUCCACCGCAUCCGGCAAGAUACCGACGCAGUACGUGCCGCUGCUGAAAAGCCCGGCCGCGCGGCCGCCCUACUCCGUGUACUACUACCUGUCCCUGACCGCCGUCGCGGUGGCCGGGAAGCCCGUGCGCCUCCCCCCGCGAGCAUUCGCCCCCGGCACCACCAACGGCGGCGGCGGCGGCGCCAUCAUCGACUCCGGCACGACCUUCACGUACCUGGACCCGACGGUGUUCAAGCCGGUAUCGGCGGCGAUGGUGGCCGCGGUCGGCGGCAGGUACAACCGCUCCAAGCUCGUGGAGGACGCCCUCGGCCUGCGGCCCUGCUUCGCGCUGCCCGCGGGGCCGGGCGCCAAGACCAUGGACCUCCCCGAGCUGUCGCUCCGCUUCAGGGGCGGCGCCGAGAUGCGGCUCCCCAUCGAGAACUACUUCGUGGCAGCCGGACCGGCGCCCACCGCCGGUGGCGGCGUCGGCGGCGCGCCCGAGGCCAUCUGCCUCGCCGUGGUGUCCGACGUCCCGGGCGCAGCAGACGGAGGUGCCCCUGCUGCGGGCGGGCCGGCCAUCAUCCUCGGGAGCUUCCAGCAGCAGAACUACCACGUGGAGUACGACCUCGGCAAGGAGCGGCUCGGGUUCCGGCCACAGCCGUGCUCGCCGGCGUCGUCCUAG